CAGGAAUAUAGAGCCUCUACACACACACAACACUACUAUUUCGCAAGUGAAUUUUCUAGCACUGCUAAGCUAUCACUGGAUAUAACUGGUCUCAACAAUAUGCACUUCACUCAACUUGCACCUUUGGCUAUGUUUGCCAUCCCUGCUCUGACCAACCCCGUCGAACCUAGAGCCGCAGACGUUCAAUGCUUUCAGAACUUAGACACUGCUUGGUGGAAGCCCCCAGGCUCCCUGCAAACGCCGCCUACAGUGACCAUUCAGGACAUUUGCAACGCAGGUGGAGUUGGUGGAUGCGUAUCAGGGUAUGGACGUCUAUGUGUCCUUGGCAGCCUCAGCGAUUGUCCAAGCCUCAUUGCGACUGUGAACUAUCUCCAGAAAUUUAGAGGCAACCGCUGGGAGUUUCCUUCGGUUGUUGAAUGCGGUAAUAUUGCGCUCAGCGUUGCCAGUAACUAAACCACUGGCAUUUUCUGGCUAGCGAUAGCAACUUUCAAGAGGUUACUGGGAUGGUGUCAAUUGUUGCUCAACCAACUAUUGGGAAUAAGUUUCUAGUAUUGCUUAGAGUGAAGUGGGGCUACAAGGA